AUGGAAAUCCUUACCGAUGAUGCUCAUGACAUGGAUGAUGAUAACGUUGACAAGUUCACACUUUCAAUUAGUAAUCUAGUUGGCGUUUGUCUGAAGAGCCAGAGACAAAAGAACGCAAACGAGACACUUGUCAACACAAAUAAAGUGUCAAGAAUAGGAACUGAUAAGAAUUUGACUAGUCAAGAAGAGAUGGUUGGCAUGAAUAAAGGAGGUGGUAAUGAUCAAAAUAAGCAUUCUUUAUUAACUACAAGUCACAAUGUUGAAAGUUUAAACUCAGAAAACAUGGUUGACCAUGCUCAUCAUGAAAAUAGGUCUCGGCACUGUGGUGCUUGUGGUCAAAUAGGCCAUAAUGCUCGUACAUGCAACUUGAAUUUUUCAAGUAAAGACCAUCAUGAAAAUGUGAAUCAAUCACCAUUACAAAUUGUAGACGAUAAUGUUGGAGUUAAUGAUCACACUAAUAAUAAGAUUUGCCGCUGUGGUACUUGUGGGCAAGUAGGUCAUAACGCUCGUACAUGUAACUCUAAAAGUAGCUCGUAA